UCGAGAUUUUUUUUUUUUUUUUUUUUUCUGUUUGGGAGUCAUCCUCCCCACAAUUAAGCUCCUCAAUCAUAGGGGAUUUAACAGCGUACCGCCACCAUGUCUGAGGAACUCUUGGGUCUGAGAUAAACGUCGGGCAGCAGCUACUGAGUCAUCACUGCUUGAGAAUUACCAUAACUGAGGAACGAUGAAAUCCUCCUUCCCACGUAAUUACUAUAAAUAAAAAGUUUCCUUUUCUUCUGGGAGAGUGGAGGAAGCAUUUAUUUAACGGCACACUCGAACACUUGUUCCCCCGAGUUCGACAUUCGCAAUUUGCAGCUCUCCUUGCUCACGCUUGAGAUUCUAGUGAAAUGGAUGGACCUGCUGUUCAUGGGAGUGGUAGUGCAGAUUCAUUCUUUCGUAACUAUAAGCUUGGAAAAACUCUUGGAAUUGGUUCUUUUGGGAAAGUGAAAAUUGCUGAGCAUGCAUUAACAGGGCACAAAGUUGCUGUGAAGAUUCUUAACCGCAAGAAGAUAAAGAACAUGGAAAUGGAAGAAAAAGUUAGAAGAGAGAUCAUGAUAUUGAGACUGUUUAUGCACCCUCAUAUCAUUCGCCUUUAUGAGGUUAUAGAGACCCCAACAGAUAUUUUUGUUGUGAUGGAGUAUGUCAAAUCUGGUGAGCUUUUUGAUCACAUUGUUGAAAAGGGUAGGUUGCAGGAGGAUGAAGCUCGAAGAUUUUUUCAGCAGAUAAUUUCUGGGGUGGAGUACUGCCACAGAAAUAUGGUGGCUCAUCGGGAUCUUAAGCCUGAAAAUUUGCUUCUGGAUUCCAACAAAAAUGUGAAGAUUGCUGAUUUCGGCUUAAGCAAUGUCAUGCACGAUGGUCAUUUUCUGAAGACCAGUUGUGGAAGUCCAAACUAUGCUGCUCCAGAGGUUAUAUCAGGGAAAUUAUAUUCUGGGCCCGAGGUAGAUGUAUGGAGCUGUGGUGUUAUUCUAUAUGCACUUCUCUGUGGAACCCUGCCAUUUGAUGAUGAAAAUAUUCCUAACCUCUUUAAGAAAAUAAAGGGUGGAAUAUACACUCUUCCCAGCCAUUUGUCUCCUGGUGCAAGAGAUUUGAUUCCAAGGAUGCUAAUAGUUGACCCUAUUAAGCGAAUCACCAUUCCUGAUAUACGAUUACACCCUUGGUUCCAAGCUCAUUUGCCACGCUAUUUGGCUGUGCCUCCACCAGAUACAAGCCAACAAGCUAAAAAGAUCGAUGAAGAGAUUCUGCUUGAAGUGGUUAAAAAGGGAUUUGACAGGGAAAGCCUCAUUGAUUCUCUCUGCAAGAGGGUCCAAAAUGAGGGAACUGUUACAUACUAUUUGCUGUUAGACAAUCGUUUCCGUGCUUCCAGUGGUUACCUUGGAGCUGAAUUUGAGGAGUCAAUGGAAACGGGAUUUAACCAAAUGCAAUCAAAUGAAGCUGUAGCUUCACCACGCAUAACAGGAAUUAUGGAUUACCAACAGAUUGGUUUGAGACAGUGUCUGUAUGACAGAAAGUGGGCUCUGGGACUUCAGUCUCGAGCACAUCCUCGUGAGGUUAUGACUGAAGUUCUAAGAGCGCUGCAAGAACUUAAUGUGUGUUGGAAAAGGAUUGGGCACUACAACAUGAAAUGCAGGUGGAGUCCUGGGAUUCCUGGUCAACAUGAAGUGAUGAUCAACAACUCUAUGCACAGUAAUCAUUAUUUUGGAGAUGAUUCUUGUGUCAGAGAAAAUGAAGGCGUUGCUAGGGUACCAGCUGUGGUCAAAUUUGAGAUUCAGCUUUACAAGACUCGUGAGGACAAGUACCUACUUGACCUACAGAGGGUUCAAGGUCCCCAGCUACUCUUUCUGGAUCUUUGUGCAGCUUUCCUUACUCAGCUUCGGGUCCUCUGAAUUUGAAAAAAUCCGUCCUAAAGAUCUCUAGACGCUUGUGAAGAAAGUUGAUGUACAUAAAAUUUAGCUACAGCAGCUGAAGUGGGCACAAUGUUUUUAUCCUAACGUCACAGUAGUUGUUCAUCCUUUUCUCUCAAAUGUGAAUGGUCAUGCACAGCCUGUGUUUUUGUGGACGCACUAGGACCUUCGGCCUCUUGCACAACCUCUUUAGUUUUUAUUUUCCCUUUCUAAUUUGUCACGAUGAACCAGUUUAUAUAAUUAGGUUAUUUGAUGUGCAGAGGCAGAUAUUGGAUAAAUAUUGAUAUGAUUUAAAAUUUCGUCAGCCUUAUGCUUCGGUUUUCACC